GAGGCAGAAGUUCAUGAGCUGUUUGCAUUGAUUCUCACCUGGAAGUUCUGUGUUUGGAAGUUUUGAAGGUUUGGGGGAGAACUGAAGUACGUCAGUGAAGGGAUUAAUUUUGCUGUUUGGUGACAUCCCAUUGAAGGAGUGGACAAGAAGAGCAAGAAAUAUAUCUGUGCACAGGCGGUGCUUCUCCUUCCUGAGCACUGCCCAGUAGGCCAGUCCCUAUUGACGGAGCUGGGUCAGGCCAGAUCUUCCCAGAGAAACACUCAACAUCCACCUGUGAACAGCAAGGGAAGUUGGAUCUAUCGUGGCUACAAGCUGUCACUCAAAAGUAUUUCUGCCUUCAAAGUCCAUUUCCAAGCAGCAAGAGCAGACACCUUCCUGCACAGGGGAGACAGCAGCCAGGAAGGAAACCUCCUGUGGGACAACCAGGCAGAAUCCCGAGGAAAAGAAGUCAGCAUGGGAAGGAAGGGCGAUGCCAAAUCCCACUGGGCCCAGAAUGCCUCUUGGUGUCUACACCGGAUCUGAGCGACCAACCUCCGCUGCCCAACCGCACGUGAAUCUUCCCAGCUGCUGCCUGUUGCCUGCUCACGGCUGGAGAGGGAUGGUGCUGGGCGAGGGCUCGGGGGUCCCACGCCCCACGGGCAGCUUUUGGCUGCAGCCCUCUUUGCCACGGAGCCGGGAGUGAUGGCCAGCGCAGCCCCGCUACCACCCCCCCUGCGCUGGGAGGACUUUCUUCAGCCGUCUCCCGAAGGAAGGAAGGGCAGAAGGAAGAGCCGGCAGCCGGGAGCGGUGAGAGGAGCCACGAGAGAGUGAGAAGGACAUGGUGGCUGUGAGUGGGAUGUAGUAGUGAUUGAGAUUUCCACACAGGAGUGAGAGUCAAAGAACCUGUGUGUGAAAUCGUCAUGAAUGAGAGAAGAAAGUAAUACAGUAUUGGAUGUGCCUGUUUGCUGCCACUGUUUAGAGGGAAAAUGAUGCAUUAUGGGGACUCACUCGAAAGGAGUGAAUGAGAUGAACUGUUUGGGUUAUAGUAUCUGAAAGGCUAAAUUAUUCUCUUGGAGAGACGUUCUAAAUGAGCCUGACCGAGAUCCUGGAUCUGUGUGAAGAGGACUAAGGAUAUAGGAUGUCAACUGAGACAGAACUUCAAGUGGCUGUUAAAACCAGCACAAAGAAAGACUCCAAAAAGAAAGGUCAGGAUCGCAGCGAAGCCACUUUAAUAAAAAGGUUUAAAGGUGACGGUGUCCGAUACAAAGCAAAACUGAUUGGGAUAGAUGAGGUUUCUGCAGCACGAGGAGACAAGUUAUGCCAAGACUCCAUGAUGAAGCUCAAGGGAAUUGUUGCUGCGGCUCGUUCGAAAGGAGAACAUAAACAAAAAGUCUUCUUGACAGUUUCCUUUGGGGGAAUCAAAAUCUUUGAUGAAAAGACAGGGCUACUACAGCAUCACCAUGCAGUUCAUGAAAUUUCAUACAUCGCAAAGGAUAUCACAGACCACCGAGCGUUCGGAUAUGUGUGUGGAAAGGAGGGGAAUCAUAGAUUUGUGGCAAUAAAAACAGCCCAGGCAGCUGAACCAGUAAUCCUGGACUUGAGAGACCUGUUUCAGCUCAUCUAUGAACUGAAACAAAGGGAAGAAAUGGAAAAAAAGGCACAAAAGGACAAACAGUGUGAACAAGCGGUAUACCAGACAAUUUUGGAAGAAGAUGUAGAAGAUCCUGUAUACCAGUACAUUGUGUUUGAGGCUGGACACGAGCCGAUCCGUGAGCCUGAAACGGAAGAAAACAUUUAUCAGGUUCCUACCAGCCAAAAGAAGGAAGGCGUUUAUGAUGUGCCAAAAAGUCAACCUCUGGAGAAUGGAAACUUAUUGCUGGACAUUGAUGAAAAUCUUGUUUCAGUCACUCAGGCUGUUACCCAACUAGAGCUUUUUGGGGACAUGUCCACUCCUCCUGACGUAACCUCUCCCCCAACUCCUGCUACUCCAGGUGAUGCCUUUAUCCCAUCUUCAUCCCAGUCACUUCCUGCUAGUACAGACAUGUUUGGUUCUGUACCUUUCAGCACUGCUGCCGUACCCUCAGGUUAUGUUGCCAUGGGAGCUGUUCUGCCCUCCUUCUGGGGACAGCAACCACUUGUUCAACAGCAGUUGGCCAUGGGUGCUCAGCCUCCAGUUGCUCAGGUGAUGCAGGGAGGACAGCCGAUAGCGUGGGGCCAGCCCGGUAUUUUUCCUCCUACUCAGCAGCCGUGGCCAUCUGUAGCUGGUCAGUUCCAACCAACUGCCUUCAUGCCAACACAAACUGUUUUGCCUUUACAAGCAGCCAUGUUUCAAGGUACCAUUGCUCCUAUAGCUACAGUUCCACCCACAAGUGAUUCCAACAGAUCGAGUCCACAGACAGACAGACCCAGACAGAAAAUGGGAAAAGAAAUGUUUAAAGAUUUCCAGAUGGCUCAGCCUCCACCAGUGCCAUCAAGAAAACCAGAUCAGCCUUCCCUCAGUUGUACCUCAGAGGCCUUCUCAAGUUACUUUAAUAAAGUUGGGAUGGCACAGGAAGCAGAUGAUUGUGAUGAUUUUGACAUCUCUCAGUUAAAUUUGACUCCUGUGACUUCCACAACACCAUCUACAAAUUCACCUCCAACCCCUGCACCCAGACAGAGUUCUCCAUCAAAAUCAUCAGCGUCUCAUACGAGUGAUCCUGCUGCAGAUGACCUCUUUGAAGAGGGGUUUGAAAGCCCAAGCAAAAGUGAGGAGCCAGAGGCUCCUGAUGGGUCUCAGGCCUCCUCCACAAGUGAUCCAUUUGGUGAGCCAACUGGUGAUACUAUAAGUCCACAGGUCGGUAGCUAGAUAGCACAGGUUGGGGAAGCAGAACCUCUCUACGCCCAGAUUAACAGACCUAAGAAAUAGCAUUGUUACAGUCUUGUGGUGCUCCAAGACUCAAACGAAACCCAACAACCUGGCAGGCCUUUGGCUUUCAUGCUUUUUUCCAAUUGAUUUUGUCUGACAAGGAGCGAGAUUGCCCUUCUGGACUGGCUCUUCGAGUGUUCCUGAUGUGUUUUUUUUUGGCAACCAAUGGCAGAUUCCUAUGGCAGCACAAAAUAAAAACUCUCCCUGCUUAUCAUACCACGAGUCCAGCCCCGUCCCCACAAGUGGUGGGUAUCCAGACUAGGAAAUCUUACUCCUCGGUCUUCUUUUAAAGAUUUGUUGUCUUCUGUGUGCCACAUAUUGAGUAAUAGACAUUCCUUUUUCUUUUGAGCAAAAAGCAGAGUCUGUAUGUAGCAGUGGCAUUAUCAUUCAACAGCCUUUGGGGCACAAGUCGGCACUUUUUAUGUCACGGUGACAUGUUUUUCAUCAUCAUUUACAUCAGGCUGAUCCUGACCCUUUUUUUUCCCUAUGUAGACAUAUUUAAAUAACAACAACAAAAAAUACUGGUGGUGUCAUUUUUUUUUUUAUUUUAUUUCUUAUUCUGUAGUUUUGUAUGAGUGACAGAUCUAACAGCAGAACGCCUCCUGCGGAAAUGAUUCCUAACUUGAAACCACAGAAUGAAACUCGGUUGUUUAUCCAUCCUGACUGAAAUGUUGCCAAAUGGACCUUUAAGUUCUAGCACAUCAUGAGGAAGAAAUGCUGCUUUCUGUUGGAAUACUCAUGUUGUGGGUAGAGAAAGGACCUGGAGUCCCACUGAGGAAAGACGAAAGAGUCAGUAUUUCCUAGGAAACUCUAAACAAAGUACAGAAAAGGAAUAUUUUUAUUUCUUCAGUAUCUUGCUGCUGUAAUGCUAUGCAGACAAGUGUUUUCUUCUCUGUGUGCCAUUUUUGAUGAAAAAAAAUCAUUUGCCAAAUAAUACUGGUAUGCUUCUGGUUUAAGAGUUUGGCUGAAGCGGACUUUACAAAUGGGACAAGGACGGCAUGGAUUUUGGAAUAACAAACUGAUUCUGUGAUCAAAUUGUUCAUCUUUAUCACUUUUUGUACAUCAGAAAAAUCAAAUGGGAUUUUUAUUUUAUAACUUGAAAAAAAAAUCUUACUGUUAAACUCUUUAAAUGUUUAAGGGGAAAUGGCUUUAAGGAGUUUGAAUGAAAAUUGCCAGUUUUUUUGUAAAUAUAAAUGUUAUGAAAAUUCUUUUACUAAUGCCAUUACACAGUAGAGAAGGUAGCAAGUUGCAGUGCUUGGGAGGGGUGGCAAACCCAAUUUGUGGUUCUCACAUCACAUGUUUUUUCACAUGCUUACAAUAAUGGGCUGAAGCUCAAGUGCAUUUGCCAAAAGCAGUCAGCUUGUCAGCGACUAGUAAAAUUAAUGGGAACACUUGAUUUUAUGGUCUAGCGCUAUCACACGGACAUAUUCCACUUACAAGAGCUCACAUUUCAUAGACAUUCCUUUGAACCUCUGCAUAGAAGUCAUCAAACUGUUUACAUGCAGAACAAAAGAAUUUAAAACUUCCUUUUUUUACAUUUAUGAAACAAAAGUGCAGUGUUUGGGUUCAUAUGUUUAGCACAUGAUUUUCAUAAAGAAUCUAUAUAUUUUUGCCCUACAGAGAAUUGUUAUACAGGUCAAAUGUGUUUUCCUGAUGUUCCUAUGCAGUUACAGUAUAUUGAAUUUAGUGGUUUAACACUAAAAAGACAAAAAAAGAAGAAAAAAAACAAAAAAAAAAUAGAAAAAGGAAAAAAGGUUAAAGAAAUCAAAUGAUUAAUCAGUUUUUAGGGUUAUUGUGCAGAUUUUGUUUUUAAAUUGGCACAUUAGGAUUUACAUUUUUUGUCAUGAUUAAAAUAGGCCUGGAGUUAUAAAUGUUUUACUUUCUUUCGUCUCUGUUAUAAGCUAAAAAUGGUUUAGAAGACAGAAUAACUGGGGUGGCAACUGUUGGUAUGUGCAAAAAAAUCUCAAAACAUGAUUCCAGUCUUUUACUUUGAAUUAGAGAAAUUAGAGAAAUGUGCGUUACCGAAUGUAUGUGAAUGAAAAAUUAGCUGUGAAUAGACCUAAUGAACCUGCAGAGAACUUUUAUCCUCAUUCACGGUCAUCUGAUGCUUCUUCCUUAGUCAUGUGCAAACAGCUUUGUAGCAAAUCUUAUUUUCCCACCUGAAGAAAGAUCAAGUUUUCUAACUGGAAAAGAUAUUUAAAACUUGGCAGAUUUGAGUGUUUCAGGAUUAAAAGCAGAGGUAAAAGUGUUUCUAAAGGACAUUUCUGUAAGAAUAUUUUCAUAAUUUGCACAGUGGUGCUACUUUCUUCCUCAGUGGUUUUUUUGGGUUUUGUCCUACACGUGGAACCUCAAAGACAGUUUUGGUUCAUCAUAGACAUUUGAGAUUUAGUACUGUCAGUGCAUUUCCAGUUAUGGGGUAAAACGUUGAAAGAAGAGAUUUAUGUCUCAGAGGAUCCAUUGACAUCAUAUUUAUAGGAAGCGGAUCAUUAACGAAUAGGUGCCGAGGGAAUGAGGCUGGAAUUUUAGUGUCUCCUGAGAGACGGCUGGACCAUCACCACGGACCUUUGUCUUACCUUUACCAAUGCUCAUGAAUAAAAUCAGUUCCAAGUUGUCUUGUCAUAUGAUCGUCCUUGUCAUGGUUGAGAUGCUGAGUCGAGAGGGCUGGAGGGCCUCUGCACUGUACCGGUAUUGUAGAUAACUGAAAUAUCCAGCUUGUGCAAUUGUUUAAUCCCUCAUCCUUCACUAGCACUAAAUUCGUCACUUUAAAUUUAAAAACCAGGGAAUCCCACCAGCCAUCCUGUAAUCAUCCCCCGUAGGUUCUUGAUCUUUACCUGUCAUGAAAAGAUAUUUUGAUAGAUCGUAGUCAUCCAAGUGUCUGAUGAAACCUUUCAUCUAAUAACGUACUGGGCACCUUCUUUGCAAAGAUGUUUACUCCGUGGUUUUCAUUCAUUUUUAUUUCUGCAUUCUGACACUUAUUUUUUUAAUAAAGAUGAGAAAGAUAAAA